GGAUCAUCCAUGUAUCAAGUGGACCGGUGGUGGCUGCAGGCGGGUCCCUGUCUUAGUAUUUCAUGCUGAAGCCAUUCUGACUAAGGACAGCUACCUCCGUCUAAUUGGAGGUAACUGGUGCUUUUGUUUCUAUUAUCCUAUCCAAGCAGAAAUGCUUCUGGCUCAUUGGGGUAAGGGGUGGAGAAGGUGAUUUAUAUGUGGAAACUCCUGAUCCUUUUCAUGUGAGUUAAAAACGUACUUGGAUGGUGCCAGAAGCUGAUGGUAAUUGUAACUCAUUUUUACUGGAGCGUGGGGUCUCUUCUACUUUUUCUCACAUGGUUUAACAAGUUUACUGCUGAAUAGUGCAACUUGUUAAAUUUCUUCCAGCUUUGUUUCUUUCCUGAUUAUGCUACUUCUUACUUUUCUGACUUACUAUUGUUGAAAGAACAUAUUCCCUGAAGUUAAAUUGAAUCUUCAUCCUUUUAUUCUCAGUUUGAGUCAAUUUGUAAGCUGCCUUUUCUAGGCAGUUCUGUAUUCUAGCGUUGCAAUUUCUUUCUCCACUGUCUUUGAACUCUUUUCUAGAUUGCCACAUCCUUUUAUAGUACAACUGACCUCUAGUCUUGCUACUUGCUUUUGGUUUAUCUUAUACCUCCAGGGCUGCUUACUGCCUUUGUUUUUAUGACUUUCUACUUGCAUAAGCGCUUCCAUAUGUCCUAUAAGAUUGUGCGAACAGACAGCCGGCUGGUUCGGAGCAUUCUGAGUGCCCAUGGAUUCCAUGAGGUUCACCCUAAUAGCAGUGAUUAUAAUCUCAUGUGGACAGGAUCACACUUGAAGCCCUGCCUGCUGCGUUCCCUUACAGAUGUUCAGAAAGUCAAUCAUUUCCCUAGGUCAUAUGAACUGACGCGAAAGGACAGACUGUACAAGAACGUCUGUCGAAUGCAGCUGGCCCAUGGGUUCAAGACAUUCCAUAUCUUACCUCAGACCUUUAUCCUCCCAACAGAGUACCAGGACUUCUGUAAUACCUUUUCUAAGGACAGAGGCCCAUGGAUAGUGAAGCCUGUGGCCUCUUCCAGAGGUCGAGGUGUCUACCUGAUAAAUAAUCCAAAUCAAAUCGUAGUGGAAGACAACAUUUUGGUGUCUCGUUACAUCAGCAAUCCCUUGCUCAUAGAUGAUUUCAAGUUCGAUGUGCGUCUCUAUGUUCUGGUGACAUCCUAUGAUCCACUCGUCGUCUAUCUCUACGAGGAGGGAUUGGCCAGAUUUGCAACAGUGAGGUAUGACCAGGCAUCCAAGAACAUCAAAAACCAGUUCAUGCAUCUGACCAACUACAGUGUCAACAAGAAGAGUGGAGAUUAUGUCAGCUGUGAUGAUCCUGAAGUAGAGGAUUAUGGAAACAAGUGGAGCAUGAGUGCAAUGCUGAGGUACUUAAAACAAGAGGGGAGAGAUACUGCAGCACUGAUGGCCAGCGUGGAGGACCUGAUUAUCAAGACUCUAGUUUCUGCUGAGCUGUCCAUUGCCUCAGCCUGUAAAAGUUUUCUUUCACAUCGUGGCAGCUGCUUUGAGCUAUAUGGUUUUGAUGUCCUUAUUGAUGACACUCUGAAACCAUGGCUGUUGGAAGUGAACCUGUCCCCAUCAUUGGCCUGUGAUGCUCCUUUGGACCUGAAGAUCAAAGCUAGCAUGCUCUCAGAUAUGUUCACUCUUGUAGGCUUUGUAUGCCAGGAUCCAGGCCAGCGGUCAAGCCGGAACAUUUAUCAUUCAUCUGAAUGUGUCAAAAGAAAUCCAUAUCAGAAACUUCAGCGUACCCGUCCUCUGUCUGCCAGCGAUGCUGAACUUAAAAGCUCAAUGCCCUUAGGCAGGGAAAAAGGAACAGGAAGGCACACCAGCUCUGUGCUAGGCCUCUCCAUGGAGGAGAUCAAAGUUCUUCGGCGAGUGAGAGAGGAAAAUGAACGGAGAGGAGGCUUCAUCCGGAUAUUCCCUACUCCAUUAACAUGGGACCUUUAUGGGUCUUUUCUAGAGCACAAGACAUCAAUGAACUACAUGCUGGCUACACGUCUGUUUAAGGACAGGGGCAAGAUGAAAAGAGAGCUCAUCACUGCGAGAUCCCGAGCAGGUCUCAAUGGAAGGCUGGAAGCUGUGGACUCUCAUGCUCUCUUUUAUGAGAGAAAGCUUAUUUCACUGGAGUUACGGAAGCGUCGGCGAUAUGGCAAGGCUAGAGCAGCACAGACAAGAGCAUCAGGCACAUCAGAACCAGCAAAGCUGUCCCUCAAGUCAGACACAGAAGGUGAGGAGGAAGAGGAGAUGGAUGCAGAUGAAGAGGUAGAUAGAACUAGCUGCUGUCUUUCGGACACCCAGGUGAAAAACAAGCCAAAGUUCUCUGACUCAGUGAAAACUACUUGUAAGGAGAGGUUACCAAAAAAACAUAGCAAGAAAACUGAAGAUGGAGAAGAGCUGCUUCUGCAAAAACCAGAUUCUAAAUCUCAGUUUAACUUGCUUCAGAUUCUUCAAAAGCAAGGAAACUUGAGCAAAGUGCAAGCUCGUACAGCUUUCUCUGCCUAUCUACAGCAUGUUCAGCUCCGACUGAUGAAGAAUGCUGGUGAGCAGGUCCAGAAUCCUGCCUGGGUUGCCAAAGAGGAUGAGCAAAUGGUAAGAAGCUUUGUGUUGGCCAGAGUGAGAAGCCAAGUUGAAAUCUACCUUGAGAGUUUUGAGGAGCUCAUCAUCCGCUUUCUGAGGCGAGCUGCCAGCAACCUUCGUCACUCCUUGAGGCUGCUGCUCCCCAGCCGCAGCAUAGGACUAGUUGAUCGUCGUCGCAUCCUGGCUCGCCAGCUGGGCGAGUUCAUCAUUUAUUAUAACAAGGAAACAAAGCAGAUGGCUCAGAAACAACCAAAAAAGGAAGAGGAGGAGGAGGGAGUGAAUCCUGAAGAUUUUCAGAACUUCAUUGCCAGAGCAAGUGAAAGUGACCUGGAGGAAGUACUGACAUUUUACACACACAAAAACAAAUCAGCAAGUGUCUUCCUAGGAACAAAAAACACAGGCACAAAACACAGGAACACCAAUCACCAGUCAGAGAAGCAGCCCCAUGGUGAGCAACCUGAGAUGGUGAAGAAAAUAAAAGAUGAUCAACCCAAAAGUUCAGUUGCAGAUUUGUCUGCAGAAGGAGCACUAAAAGGCUGUAAACCCAAAGAAGCUAAAUCAAGCUUUCCAGAAGGACUCGCCUCCUCAAAUGUUGAAGUGAAAUUACCUCAGUGCAGCCCUCCUGGUUCUUCUUCCUCUGUUCCUGCUGCCCCGUUCCAGAGAAGUACCAGUUCUUGGAUGCCAUCUCAGCCUUCAGCCUCUGAAAAUUUAAAUGUGGCUGGUUCAUUGCCGGCUCCUCCAGCUGGUCCCAAACUGAUUCAGUCCCCACCCCCACUACCUUCCUUGCAGAGCACAGCUCCUGACAGCUCUUCUGUCCUCACAAACCCAGUGUCCACUGAGACUUGUAGCCUUGCAGGGUUACAUCGUCGUUUUGGUAGCUUUGGCCCAUUCUCAUCCUUUCAGAGAGCUGUUCAGAUCUACAGUCAAAGAUUGUCCCAACCAUCCUCUACAAAAGUAGGUCUCCAUCGCAGUUCAAGUGGGCAGUGUGUGGGCUCUGCCAGGAUGCACAAAGAUGCAGAACAUACUUCUUCCCAGGGCAAGAGUCAUGGCCCCAGUGUGGCAGCAGCAGAACUGCAGCAGCUGGAAGAAAAGCAAGCAGCCUGCCAGUAUUCCCCACCAAGCCACAUCAGUGUCCUUACACAGCAGUUAACAAACCUGGACUUGGCAAGUGGAGCUAUAAGCAAAGGGAAUGCAGCUGCCCCACAGAGCUAUUGGUCACCACUCAACAAAAGAGGGUCACUGUGGCCUGUUCAGUCAGACACUCAUAGAGAUGACAAAAGAUCUGUCUCUUCAGCAGUCAGGGCUCCAGAGAAUCAUCAUUUUGGCUUGGAAGGAGAGAUGGAGACCAGUGUCUACAAGACAACACGGGGUCCUCUGGCACAUCCCAGCUAUCAGCUUCAGUUUGCUGUGCAACAACUUCAGCAGCAGAAACUUCAGUCAAGACAGCUGUUGGAGCAAAACCAAGCACGACAACAGGCUGUUUUUGCCAACUACUCACAAUCAAGCACCAGUCAUAUAUCUAUGCCAGCUGGCUCUGAUGCCCACAAGACGUCAAGUGCCACUUCUAGUAUCCAGAAGGCAUCCAGUUUGCACAAAGUGAUGCCAUCCCAGAGUACAGCUCCUCAGCUGGUUCCAAAGCCUCCAACAAACCACAGACAGGCAGUGAUCAGAAAGGCUGCAGCCCAGAGGAUUUCCAAGGUCACCUCCACUGAAAAGCAACUGAAUGGAUUCCAGAACAGCCUUCACAGUGCUGCAUCCUGUGAGCCAGGAACAUAUUCCACAGGAGGAACCUUGACUAUGAUUUCAGCUGGUCUCACCACACUGUCCAAAUCCCUCAUCAGGAGCAGCUGGGACAAGAAAUCACUCAGGUUUCUACACAGCACAUUGCUGCUUCUUCUCACAGAGAUGGAUUAACACAGAACUCCAGGUGAGGAAUACCAGGAGUUGCUUCAGGUAUGGGAUGAGGGAAGAAGCAGCAGCAGUGACUUCACACCAUCACAUUCCUGUAUCAGCCAAAAAAGAGAGAAAAGGAGGCCUUGGUGAGAGAGCAGCCCACUGAAAAGAGUGUCUAAACAACUGUGAAAACAGAUUAUGGUGAUGUACCUGCAAGCUGAAAUGAGUGAAUGCUGCUGAGAGCUUCUGCUGCUGAGUCUUUGUCCCUUCCUUCCAUUUCCUCUUGAUGACUAACUGUGAGAUCUUUGCGUAAGACAAGAGACCUUUCCUGCAGGUGCUCUCCCUAAAGUCCAGGUUUGAACAUAAAAGUCUCACCUGCUCAGCCAUUUCAAUCUGUUCUAGUCUGGUAAUAGCCAAGAUUCCAUGCUUUCAUCACAUGGCAACCAUCAGCAGAGAAAAAUAUUACAACAUGCGACUGAAGAGGUCUGUGUUGGUUGCCAUCUUGAAUUUUGGCACAGAGCCAUAGAAAUUAACAGUUUAAAUAAAGUAUUUUCAUUUGUUUGUUUUGGUUAUAAUUUCAGUUAUUAAUUCACAUGCCCAAAAUAUAUGCUGUUGUUAUACUGGACAGGAUUUUAAAUCUGUCUUUGUUUCACUGUGGGAUACUUGUAUUCUGUGUGGCUUAUUUUGUAUUUCGAUUUCUGUUUGUUUAGACUCUGUAAACUUUUUAAAUUGGCUGAUGUUUUCAGACCCAGGCUUGAACCCCAAGGUCCAGGUGGCUCUUAUCAGUUGCAAUAGUGUCUUGGUGAAGCACUCCAGUUAAAAUUUGCCUAGUGUUAUGAAAAUCAGUUUGCUUGUGUUAGAAAACAAUGUCACCAGCUGGAAAUUGUAUUGGUGAGAGAGGAUCCAUCCAUCCUUAAAAUGAACAGGAAGCAGCUUCAGCUCUGGCUCUUUGUUGGUGCCAAGUUAAAGGAAAACACAGUAUUUUGCAACUUCUGCCUUGUCCAACAGCAAGGGGUGUGAUUGAUAGUUCUCAAAGGUAAAAAAUCUUUUAUUGCUUGUAUCAGAGUCUUCAGAGAUUGGAUUCAACAUCCUGUUUGAUCUCUUUUCUUCCUCCACUUCCCCCUGUCUUUUCUAGUUUGUAUAGUCAGUGUUAAGAGAUCGUUCACAUGUGUUGACAAGUAGAUAAUGAUCAACCCAGAGGACUGACAGAAGAAACGGUAUCAGAGGGGGAAGGUGUUUUCUCUUGAAAUGAUUAUGUUCAUGUUCGCUCUUGGAUUCCACAUAUUUUUUGUCACUCAAGACCAGAUAAAUUGUGAGAAGGUUAAAUAAUUAUGUUCAUAUUAGUUUCACCAUCACUUGCUUCAGGCAUGAAUUCAGGGGAGGGAACACUCAUUUUUCUAUUUCUGGUACACUCACACGUGUGACACAUUGAAUACUUCACUUGUCUGAAAUGCAGCUCUUUGAUAAAGCUGUUCCCUUCAUUAGCUUAUCAUUCAUUUCCAUUAGACAGUCAUGAUCACAUUCAUUUUCUUCACAUUUUUGUUGGCUCAUGAUUAGUGAAAGUUUAGUUGCAGAAGUUGUUACUUCAGACUUUUGCACAUUCUCAGCAGCUGUGGGCUUCAAGACCUCAGGUCUGUCCUCUCACAGCCUGCUCUGCUCUGCAUGGUAUUGGCUAUCAUCUCCAGCUCAGUCGGAGGGGCUAUUUCCAUGGAAGAUUUAGCUUCAGUAAAUAAUUCCAUUCCUUUCUUCCUCCCAAAGGAUCUGAGUUAUCCUUAUUCCACUGGGUUUUAUGUACAAGAUUGAGUAGCUGUAGGAUAUACAUCGUUAGGGACCUCUCAUCUCUGCAUUUGUUCUAUAGUUUGUUUGUUCAGAUUAUCACAGCCACUGCUGAAAACUGUAGAGAGGUUUGUGGGAUAGAGAUUUAGUUAGCUCAGGAAAGGUGGUUGUCUUGUAAGAAUCAUUGUCAGAAGCAACAUUCUUACAUCUUUGUGAAGAUUACCAGUUAGUGCUGGCUUAUUAUGAACACAGGGGAAUUGUUUUGUCAGCUUUGACAGUCUCCCACACACUGAUUUUGGGAUAAUGAUUUGAACUUGGUUACAGACAUUUUUCCUGAACUUCUUUGCAUUGCAUGUUAGAUGUAGCCAACCCCCACAUCUGUAACUGUGAUGACUUUGUAGCAGUAUAUUAAAUAUCCUGUCUGUAAGAUUUUUUUAAAUAUUCAGAAAAAUGCACAGUGCAGUCUAAGACACUUAUUUUGAAGGAAUGAAUUUUGUCAGGAGCAGUUAAGACUUGGAUCUUUUUGCCUGAGAAAAUUUUUCUUCAGCUUCCAACAAAUAAAAAAAAUCAACCCAGGAGUAUCAAGCCUGAAGCCAAACACCUAGACCUUGAAUUCCUGUUUAUUCUCAGGAUGUGCUCAUCCAGAGCAUCAGACGACAUAGCAGUAUUCCUCUGUCUUGAGCAUCUCCUGAUCCCAUCUCUGAAGACAAAUGUCGAUAUACUGGGAACAUGUGCAAUUGAGAAUCAGGAACAAAUUGUGCUAUUCUAGCCUCUUAAUAUUCUGUUCCUCUGUAUUCUUCAGCCUGGAGUCCAUCUGUCUUUGUGCAUGGUGGGUACUGUGUACUGAAGGGCAAUGUAUAUUUUGUCUCUUUGCAGCUCUGCUACCUCCAUGUCUGUCCCAUAAGCCUCUCAGUGCUGCAGUUAAGAGAGUCAGUGGGGAAGCAUAGAACUGUUUCCCACCCAUCUUGGGAGAGAAGGCAUUUUACAGGAAUUUACAGGAAGUUUUCUACUAUGAGGGAGGGAAGUAGAAUAUCAAACCGUUUUGGAUAUAUAACAGUUGCACAAGGGGAUUACAGUUAUAUGUGUUCCUCAAGUGUGGGGGUUUUCCCCCCCUAUAUUCAUCAGUGGUUCCAUCAGAAGUGUCCUUCUUCAUUGCAUGAAAAUUACUAAUAGAAAUCCCCAGCAAUCAUUCAGCAUCUAUCUCAGUGGUGGCAGUGAAUAUUGUAAUCAAAGGAUCUCCCUCUUCUGUGAUGUUUGUAUCACUUCUAAAUUACUGAGCCUGUUUUAGUGACAGAGAAUCAGGCUUGUUAGUCUUGGUAGCAGUAAUGUGCACAUCAGAGUUCUGGAGGCUGAGCUGAUGACAAGUUGAUACAGCAUUUUGUGCUGUGUUUUAGGUGAUGAGCAUACCACUACAUAAAAAUUAAGGGAAGGGAUUUUAGAUUCUCUCCUUUCCAGAAGAGCUGACUUGUGCUCAAUACAUCAAGUAUCAAGUUUCCUUUUAAUAUGUUUUAUCUUGACCUUUAAAACAGCCUCACAAGGCAUGUGAGUGCCAUCAGAGGGAGAUUAUGUUGUGACCCUAGACAAACCGCUUAGUCUUGGAUGCCAACAAGAUGUACUGAAAUUUCUGUUCUCAAGACUAGGUAUGUUUUUGGACAAUCAUGAUUUGUUGGAAAUGUUCCUUGCUAUGAUGUCUGCAAAGUCAACAGAUUUAUCUCUGAUACUGGUUCCACAUUGUGGAAGGAAGUUUUUGGUAUCAAGACCUUUGUUUACUAGUAGGAAUCUCAAUGCUGUGCCUUUUCCUCUUAACAGAUACUCUCUGUGUGCAUGGAGUUGAAUAGUUGGCAGUGCUAGACUUGUUCUUUACCUGAGGAGCUCAGUGAUAUACAGAUGACUUUACAGAGCAGACUUGGAUUCUCAGCAUGCACUCUCUAAGGCCUGUACCCUGUAUUAAUACAACACUUCUAGUAAUUUUGGAUUAUUUGCUGGAAAAAAAAAAGUAGUCUGGCUCCUGUUUUAUUUUUUAAGAUUUAUUUGAUAAAACUGCCAAGGAGUUUUUUCCUCAGUCAGUCCUAUAUUUGCUGAUAAUCCUGGGCUCACUAUUUGAAUCUGAAUUGGUUAUUUGCUGAUGUGUAAAUAGUUGGAUUUUUUUGGUUGCAAAGUGUCUGGUUGAUCGUCUUCAAAUUAUUUCCCUUCUGAACACAUUAUUCUCAUGGUUCUGUCAUAAGUUUCUUCCAAAAGAAUCUUCUGAGCUUUACUUGAAUCCUGGGCUGUGGUUUUUUUCCUUUUAGAACCUGAUGUUUCUAGAGCUGAGACAUCCUUGUUUAACCCAAACAUCAGGAGAACCAUACUUACCUUUGCAAAACUGAGAUUGCUUAUACCAACAGCUUAACAUUCAUAGUUUUCUUCAUGCAGAAAGUGGUUAAUCGGAAAAGAGAUGAGCAAGAAGGUAUAUAAGGGAAAAGUUGAAAAAGGAGUAAUUGUUCACAAUCAUACUCACUAGAAGUAGGAGCAUCAAAUGAAACUAACAGAUAGAAGUUUCCAAGAAAAAAAAAUAAAGUGGGGGGGACAUGACAACUUCUUUUUCACAGUAUGUACUUGACCUAUGGAAUUUCUUGUUACAAGAUGUGAAUGUGAGAAGGAGUAUGUGGUUUGAAAAGACAAGUAGACAAAUCCAUGAAAAAGUAAUCUCUUAGGGCAUAUGAAAUAUUAAAACUGAAAACCAGGAAGUUUCUAAGACUUUUCAAAUUAGUAUUCUGGGGGAGUCUCAACAAUGGGCUGUUACAAAUUUUUACUUGUGUAUCAGGUAUGGGCUGUUGACCUCUGUCCAAGAAGAGCUAGACUAGGUGGUCUUGUAGUCUUUGUAUGGGUUUUUUUAUUUUGACAGUUGCAGUACAGACUACUAGAACAGCCAGGACAAAGCCAUUUUCAUGACAAUGGCAUGUUCCACCAGAAUUCAUCCUGUGGUGUUGAGUUUUCUUAAGGAAAAAAAAAAUGUGUUUAUUGCUGACAUAUGCCAACUUGUCAUGUGCAAUUUGUCUUUGCUUUCACCUAGGUGGGCAGAGGCUUUCAGUUAUGAAACUUCUUUUAAAAGAACAUAACAGACACCAAGAUCUACCUCUAGACUAAUUGAGAUUUUGGAGGAAAGUAGGUUGCCAUAUGGAUGGCUUCCAUAAUAUGAUCCUUGUAAAUGGUUAAUAGCAUAAAUAUGGUAAAAAAACUUUCCACUAACUGUAGCUUUUAAGUUAUCUUACUCAAAUACAUUUCACUUCUUGCCAUCUUUGUCUUCCAAAGAGCUUGAGUGCAGAGCACCUUCAAGGUGAAUGUACACAACAACCACAGCAUGUCUUAACCUGGUAACUUGUUCCUUCCCACUUUAGAACACUGCUGUCCUUUUCCAAAGAAUGAAGUUUCCCUGCUGACUUAGAGAUGAGUAGUUAGGAAAUGCAGACUGGUCUCAAAAUUGUUGGAUUCUGAGUCUUCCUUUACAGUUGUAAUGCAAAAGGACAACUCCACUGAACUGAAGGUGACAUGUAACACCAAGUCUGCCCUGAGGAGUCUGCUCUAUUACCUUACCAAAAAAGGAUUUUAUUGGCCCUCAUUGAAAAGGAGUUUUCACUGCUGUUUUGAAUUAAAAGAGAAGAAUCACUGAUCACUGUGGAGACCCUGGUAUGAAGCCUUUGUCAGUGGUAUUCAGUGAAUCAUAGUGGUUCCCAAGGGAAAAGACUAUACUUAAGAGGGCCUCUUCUCUACAAGGCCGUGCCUACAGCACAGACAGUGAGCUUGAGAAAUCUUGUAUUCUUUGAAAUGGAGUGGCUUCUCUAUCUGACCUAUCAGACAAAUCAAAUUUGCCUUAAAAAGACCAAAUUUGAUGCAGUUGUUGACAAUUUAGGGACUGUUAAAAAUGUGUCUUUUAUUAACAAAAUUUUUAUCAUUUGUUUGGGGCAGGUGAAAGAGGUGCUGUUAUCUCUAAAAGCAAUUUCAACACUAUUUGACAUUUUGCCUUCUGCUGUUCUGGGAUGUGCAACAGAAGACAACCCCAGAACAUUAGUUCAAUUUGAUGCCCCUGCAAGAAUAUUUUAGAAAAUCUUAUUUCACUGUAGUUAUAACAAUGGUAAAGUGUAGUCUUCUUCCCACACACAAAGGGGAGACAAAUUACAAUACUCAGUGUAGUUAUGUUCCAAAGUCAUAAAAUCUUCCCCCAAGAAUAUUUUGGGGUUAUUGAGCUGAUCCCUAUAUCUUGAGUAUUAUCAUGUCAAAAGCCAGGAGGGAGUCUUUGAAAAGUUUCUGUACUGACAAGUCAAAAUGCUUGACUUCACUUCCUCAUUCUACUAUAAAACAUUUUUUUUCUGAGUCUAGGGAAGAAAAAUGACAAGGGAUUUUUUCCACACUGUUUCCAGUAAUUACAGUAUGGGAUUUACCUCAUGGUUUUAAUGUGGUUUUGCCUUAUUUAUAUGAUCUUCUGAAAAAGUUAUGCUGUGUCAGAUAUAUUUAAUAGAAUAUAUUUAAUACACCUAGGAUGUCUUAAUACACCAUUCUUCAAGGUGCAGAUAGUUUGAAUCUGCUGGGAAGUUUUAGGCAUCCCAUUGGUGCCACUACUUAUGUUACUAAUGCUUCCAGUUGCAUGAUGCUUCCCCCAUUCAAUCUGGGGUUGUCUUCCUUCCUGAAAGUGUUCUUGCCACUAUUUCUAAUUCCAGAAAUUCAAUGUGGAAUACAUUUUUUCUGUGAUACCAGCCUGGAUUUUUUUUCCUUAUCCACAAACCUACAAAAUGUCUUCAUAUGUGUAGUAAAAUUUUUGAAAAUUAUAUAGGAAUGAAGAUUAGUGGCUCACUCUGCCAAAUUGUGGCCCAGGUCUUUAGAGUGAAGGCAGGUAAAAUUGACAAAAAUUAAAACAAUUAAAAAUGUGUAUUCAGCACAAUGUAACUGCUGCCACACUACGCUUUCCUGACAUUUAAUUGCCAUCUCUUUUAUUUUUUUUCUCUUUGCUUGUUUUGUUUGGUUUUUUCCUGUUCUUUAGAUUAGCAUGACACAGAGCACUUAGCAUGAUAGUAUCUAAAUGAGAUCUUCAGAUCCUGAAGCAUACUUAGAGAUUUAUGUAGCAAGUCUCUUCUGAGGGGGCAGACGUCAAAUUGUGUCAUGCAAGGCAGCUUGUUGCAAGCUGAAUGUCUUUCAGAGACUCUUGUUGUGAGUCAGACUGUCUGCUACUGCUUUCCUCUGCAAGUGGAGUUUCUUACAAAUCCUUGAGAACAGUGGAUUUCUCCCAAGCACCUAGUCAACCUGCAAGAGGAUUUCAGCACUUCAAAAGGCCAAAAUUUGUUUCAAGAAAGGGCAAGGACAUGGCUACCACGACAUUCCCUGGUCAUUACACUACAUGCAUUGCACAAAUCCUGUAAGAUAUGCCCCUGGCUGCACAGCAAAUCUUUGUUUUGUCUGCUUCCUGAAGAGGAUAAUAGCUUCAGGAGAAAAAAUAAAUCUUUCCUGAAAAAUGUCAGGAAAUCUGGUUUGAUAUGACCCAGCUGGUUUCUUUCAUCAAGUGAUGUAUAUGCACUAGCUAUGAUAUAUUAUUAUAAUGUCUCAUUUCUGAAUCUGAUGAGUGAAUAUCUAAACAGCCAGUGAGAAAUGGCUGAGUGCUGGAAGACCAGAAAAAGGAAGUCCACUUUGCUUUCUGCAACACACCUAAUGCCUACAUGUUAAUUUUUUCCUGUAUUGGCCCCAUGAGGACAGCAUUCCUUUUCUUCUGUCACACUUGAAAGAUGGGUUGCCAUCUAGAGGGACUUGGACAAACUCAAGAAGUGGGGCCAUAAGGAACCUCAUGAGCUUUAACAGCUGCCAGUACCAGGUGCUACACCUGGUAUCAGCACAGGUUGGGGAUGAACAGAUCGGAGCAGCCCUGCUGAGAAGGACUUGGGGGUGCUGGUGGAUGAGAGGCUGGGCAUGAGACAGUCAUGUGAACUCACAGCCCAGAGAGCCAAACGUGUCCUGGGCUGUAUCCAAAGCAGUGUGGGCAGCAGGGUGAGGAAAGAGAUUGCUUUGCUCUGCUCUGCUGAGACCCCACCUGCAGUGCUGUGUACAGCUCUGGGGACCCCGGCACAGGAAGAACAGGGACCUGUUGGAGCAAGUCCAGAGGGACACACAGAUGAUCACAGGGAUGGAGAACCUCUUUUGUGAAGACAGAGUGAGAGAAUUGGGUUUGUUCAGCCUGGAAAAGAGAGGGCUUAGAGGUGACCUAACUGGGGCCUUCCAGUACCUGAAGGGAGCCUACAAGACAAAAAGAGAUUUUUUACAACUUCAUGUGUGACAGGACAAGAAAGAAUGGAUUCAUACUGAAAGAGUAACUUAGAUUAGAUAUUAGGAAGAAAUUCUUUACUGUGAGGUUUGUGAGGCACUGGAACAGACUGCCCAGGGAAGAUGGGCAUGCUGGAACCCUGGGGAUGUUCAAGGCCAGGCUGGAUGAAGCUCUGGGCAACAAGGUCUAAUGGAAGGUGUCCCUGUCCAUGUUAGGGGUUUGGAACUACAUUAUCUUUAAUGUUCCUUCCAACCCAAACCAUUCUAUGAUCUUUCCUAGGCAAUUAAGUGGAAUGAGAAGCAAAGAAUAUCAGCCUGCACAAUGAUCACAACCCUCCUGAAAGAAGGAGAAAUAAGUCUUUGUCUUCAGAAGGUACCACUUGAUACUGCUUGGUUUAAGUUAACAGUAUCAGCAUAAACCAGCACAGGGGACAGAGUUUCUGCCUGGAAGCUGUUCACUAAGUUUUCAGGAUGUGGGAAACCAAUAAUGAGGGGGCUGGAGGGGGAGGGGAGGAAUGGUUUGCUGUAGAUCACCACUGUAAAGAAACCAUUAUUCAUUACUAAAUAGAAAGGUUCUUAUCCCUAAGUGUAUUUUUCAUUAAAUCAUAGGCCAGUGGUGGAAAGGGCCCAGCUGCUUGGUUGAAUGCCUUCAGACCAUCUCUGUAUCUUUCUAAGAAACACAGCCUAAUAAAAGGGUGUUAUAAAGCA